AUCGACAGUUUGUGCAUCAUUCAAGAUGAAAAUGAAGAUUGGCAGUAUGAAGCUGUCAAGAUGAGCCAUGUGUAUUCAAACUCUUACUUGAAUAUUGCGGCAUCGGAUUCCCUGCAUGGCGAUACUGGGUUAUGCUUUGAUGACAGACCAGAUGUGCCCAAUGUCUGGAAAGUGACGUUUCCACCUACGGGGACAGCACUUAGUGCUGCGAUGCCAUGGGAAGACCAGAGCAAAAUUAACAAGUUGUAUGUCUGGAAUUGCAUUACAAAACGAACGAGAGCACUCAUCGAGGAGAGUCCACUCGCAAAACGAGCCUGGACGUUACAGAAACGUCUACUUCCGCCAAGAACACUGUACUUGAGGCGUGAGCAGAUUGCUCGGGAGUGCCGCGUCUCUACUGCAUACGAAGCGCUGCCUGAAAUUUUCGAAGAAGGUACCAUUGGCCUGUCUCCUGAGAACUUUGCGCGGGUAUUACAAGACUAUGAUCCGCUGGAAGACAUUGAUAACGUCAAACUCUGGUCUAAUAUAGUGGAAGAUUACAGUAAGAGAAGUUUGACACAUGGUAGGGACAAACUGGUUGCCAUCUCGGGUUUGGCAGAGAUGCUUGCUUCUGUUUAUGGUAUGGAGUAUGUUGCUGGAUUGUGGGUCAAGGACUUGAUCAGGCUACUUUUGUGGCACAAGAGGCAUCUGGAACCGUCGAUCCCCAGCAAUAAAUCAGCAGCAUACCGAGCGCCAUCUUGGUCUUGGGCAUCAGCGGACCGUGAAGUAGAUAUUCCACAGGGAUUCUUAGCGCCACUUGGGGGGCGAAAACGUAAUUGGUCCUGA